AUGGGCAAUUCGUCGUCCUCGCAUGGAGCACCAGAUCCGUCUGCGUCUCCAGUAUCUGCCGCAGGCAAGAAGAUAUGCUGUGUGUGCAAGGAUACCAAAUCUGCUAGAGAUGAAUGCGUGGUGCGAAACGGCGAAACCCGCUGUCAGCAGUUUAUCGAAGCGCAUAACCGCUGUCUUCGCGCGGAAGGCUUCGAUGUUCUCGACACAAAGCCAACGCCGGAAGCAUAGAGAGUCACAGGCAGUGGCGCGGAGAAAAUGGAUUUGACAUUUCAGGAUAACCUGGAGUUGGUCAGGAGCGUUAAUACUUGUCGCGUCUACUGUGCCUGACGCGAACGUCUUCACAACCAGUCACCUGCGACGGUAUUUGUGGUUGUACAUGAUAUCAAUACUUCAAAGUAAAUGCUCUGGACAAGUACAACAACUACCCUUUUCUUCCGUGAGAACCCACGCCUGUGGUCAGGAUGAAUCCGAAUCGUUUUUCAUUCCAGAAAGCUCAUAUUUUUUCUUCUCUACUUGGUGUAGAGGCGGUCUCAGCUGAAUUAAUUUUACCCGCUGCGCCGCAUGAAUCCUCGCGAUUACAUGCAUGCCUGUUAUUAUGAAGAUGCGCGCUAUUUUCUAAGCAGC